CUUUCUUUCUUCUCACACUUUCUUUCCUAUCUUUCUCCAUCCUCCUAUCCACCGCUUUCCUCCACCUCCUAGCCUUACCACUCAUAUCGACGUGAGUAUGGCAAACAUGGAUUCCUCUUCCAAUACAGAUGGGGUCUCUGAAGUCCCUCCACAAAAGGCCUUCAACUAUGACGGAAAGGGAACUCUUGAUCAACUUGAAUACUCAGGCUCGAAAAUCAUCCUCAGAGAGGAAGACUGCUAUGAAGAGCUAGGGUUUUGUUUCCCCACCUGGAAAAAGUGGAUGAUUCUUUCGGUCAUCUUCCUGGUCCAAACAUCGAUGAACUUCAACACGAGUCUCUAUUCCAAUGCUUUGGGUGGUAUUUCGGAAGAAUUUGGAGUCAGCAUGCAGGCUGCUCGCUGCGGUGCCAUGAUAUACCUCGUCACAUAUGCAUUUGGUUGCGAAUUGUGGGCUCCCUGGAGUGAAGAGCUAGGACGCAAGCCGAUUCUGCAGUUGAGUAUGCUGCUGGUCAACCUGUGGCAACUGCCUGUCGCACUCGCACCGAACUUUGCGACUAUCAUGGUUGGUCGUGCAUUUGGGGGUAUCAGUUUAGCUGGUGGUUCUGUCACUCUUGGAAUGGUCGCUGAUCUAUGGGAGGCUGAUGAUCAGCAAUAUGCUGUUGCUUGUGUCGUCUUCUCCUCAGUUGGUGGCUCUGUUAUUGGCCCAGUGGUGGGUGGAUUCGUGGAGGAAUAUCUUGAAUGGAGGUGGGCGAUCUGGAUACAGCUCAUCUUUGGGGGGUUUGUGCAGAUUUUGCAUCUGCUCAUCGUGCCCGAGACCCGCACAACCAUCAUGAUGGAUAACAUUGCAAAGAAGAAGAGGAAGAACGGUGAUUCUAGAGUCUAUGGUCCAAAUGAGGUGGUGUCGUUCAAGGAUCGGUUCUCAAUGAGGGAGAUCAUCGGUACUUGGAUCCGUCCAUUCAAGAUGUUCGUGACUGAACCUAUCGUCUUGACGCUCUCUUUGUUGAGUGGAUUCAGCGAUGCCCUCAUCUUCAUGUUUAUCCAGUCAUUCGGUCUUGUAUAUGCCCAGUGGGGAUUCGGCACCGUCGCUGUUGGACUGUCAUUCAUCCCUAUCCUUGUUGGUUAUUUCAUUGCCUGGAUCUCCUUCUUCCCCGUGAUCAAGAGAAACAUGAAGGAGAGGCAGAUGAAGCCAGACGACGAGAAGGCACAAUACGAAUCCCGCCUCUGGUGGCUUCUCUAUACCGCUCCCUGCUUGUCUAUCGGAUUAAUCGGCUUCGCCUGGACCAGUUCAGGUCCCCCGGUUCACUGGAUUGGAACGAUGGUAUUCGCGGCCAUUGUUGGUAUUGCCAACUACAGUAUCUACAUGACCACGAUCGACUACAUGGUGUGUGCCUACGGACCAUUUGCUGCAUCGGCCACGGGUGGGAAUGGGUUUGCUCGUGAUAUUCUCGCUGGUAUUCUCACUGUCCCGGCAACGCCUUUCUUUACGAACAUCGGUGGAGAGCGCCAUCUCGAAUAUGCUUCUACUAUUCUAUUCUGCAUCUCUGUUCUUCUCGUUAUUUCCGUCUAUGUCAUCUAUUGGUACGGACCAACUCUACGAAAGCGCUCGCCCUUCGCCCAGCAACUCUCCGACGCUCGAGCGGAAGGAAAUGUCCACAGCCGUCGGGCUUCCACAGCGUUCACUGCGUCCAGGGCGGCAUCAAGGGCGAACUCGAGGGCGAAUUCGCGUAAGAACAGCCUUUCCCAAUAGGGGUCAGGAUAGUCACAUACGCUUGUGACGUGGUAACAAUAUUAAAGCUGCAGCAUGAGUGUGUAAAUAUGCUUUCGCCAUGUCUAUAGACUUGAACCA